AUGACAAGCGGAGGAGGCAUGGAUGGAUUUGACUGGCUGCAAACCUUUCUCCCAGCCGAUGGCCAACCCGACUUCGAUCCCAAUUCCAACAAUGCAGCCUAUCAAACACACCCAGCAUUUCAAGACGCGGAGGAGGUAGCCCAGGCGGCCUUUCUGUAUCAGCAGGCUCAGAACUCAUACUCAUUCAUGAGGUCAACAAAUCCCGGAGCAAGUCGUGUCUCCAAUCCCUCCCAGGUGUACCCACAAGUUUCGGGUGAACAGAAUAGAGAAAAUCAACACCAACAAGCUAGCAGUAUUCACAGCCACCACCUCAAUAGUGGCUCUCCAGAACAUCCUUCUUACAAACCAGAUAGCUCUCAGCAAGUGAAUCAGCGGCCACAUUCCUCCGUUUCGUCCCAGUACAAUCCAGCUGCCCAGGCGCAUCAAGAUGGCUACCGCAAAUUGAUUGUUCAGAAGACCCAAGCUCAGAUGGCCCCUAUCGGAACCUCUCAAAGGCCUCCUUUGUCCACACCAAGUUCUCAUGGGGCCAAUGAAACCCAAAGGCCAACAGCGCCCGUGGAAACAACAAACCCACCAACGGCACGACCUCCGUCAACAUCCCGGAGCCCAAAACAAGCCCGUUCUACAUCUUCAGAUCUGCGCUUUCACUGGCAAUCUCCACCGCACAAUUCAAAAGGGUUGGCAAGACCGACCGUACAAGGUCCAAGGACACACAUGUCGGCUACACAGCCUCCUGCAUCGCAAAAUCCUUCCCAUCGUCGCUCUACAGCUCUCCCCCCAAAUUCCCGGCGGCUGUCUCAAGGUAUUGAAGUUCAAGGACCACAGCCAACGCCAUCGGUCCAAACGACACACAAACCGGUGGGGGGCAUCCGGACAUCUCAGAGCGUAUAUCAAAGCCAUUCUGCAAUCCCAGUCCAGCCCACACAGGAACCGUCUCGUCCCAUCGCAGAGCAAAGGAAUUCGUCAGCUCCUCCGGCUCAAGGGAAGCACACAACAGUAGUAAGGACUCAAUCAUCGUGGAGCCCAUAUCAAGCCCACUCCGUGCCUGCAGCCCAGAAUGCCCAGCAACCAUUCCGUUCCACCACCGCGCAAGGAUCCCGACCAAUGUCCCCAGUUGAAAUGUCACAUAAUCCACGCCCAGGUAAUCAGACCUGGCAGAGCGCACAUCAAAAGCAGUCUGAGAUUCUGGACCAGACUGUUCAAAGACCACAUCGUUCACAUGAUACACCAAGCUUCCAUUCCUCGGUAGAGACUAGGGCUCACACUUCCUUCGUUCCACCACCAGGGAUCGAAAUAUCUGCAGGACGGAGCACACAUUCGGAUCGCCAGUCGGUAACACUAGCGACAAGGAUCUCGGAGACCUCAAGCUCCCCAUCGCAAAAUCCGACUGUCAAUCAUAUCAGGUCGAGCCCAACCUCAUCAGGGUCCAACCAAGUUCGUGUGCAGUCAGUAGUAACAUCCGCGCCAUGUAGGGUCAACAGCCCUGCAACUGCCCGACCCGCAUCGACCUACAGUCCCUCUGCUUCCUUGGUUCCUUCUGGCCAUGGUUCUAUCCCUUCUCAUUCGACGCCUUCUGCACAGAAGAUUGUUUUGCCAGAUCACUCGGGCAAAGGGGAACCCCAGGAGGAAGAACGAGCUCAACGUAAUGCAGCUUUUGAAUUAUCCACAUACCAGGCACCCAAGCAGACAAGCCAGCGGCCUCCAAUCCCCCAACCCAAUGAGCAUAGCUCACUAGUGGCAUCGUCAACUUCCGUGCCGACCGCCCGGCCUUGUUCUAGCUCUUCAUAUGCCACAGGAUCUAAACAGGGAAGCCUUUCUGCUUCGGGGCAAAAUACCACUGGAAAUACACAGUUGCGGGCCUUCCCACUUCCGGUAACAUCGCACUACCAGACAGAGCGGUGGGUUCCAGCUCGAGACCAGUCAAGUGAUCCUAUGCCACCAUCAAAGUUGCGUCGUUUGGACAACGCUCGAAAGCAACCAGUGACACUUCAAAAUGCUCCAUCAACAGGAUCGUCAGGUAGCUCAAGGCCAGGCGCCCAAGCUUCGAUGGAACUUUCUCUCCCUCGAGGGCCUGGGAAAUCCCUCAAGAACCGCGAAGACCUGGUCCAGCCCAUAAGGCAGAGUGAUGCGCUACUCAAGGAAUCUUAUGAUCCUGCUACAAUCGCGCGGGAUGUACUGAUUGCCGCUGGAAAGCACCCGACGGAAAAGCCUCUAAAUCAUCAUCUUGAAGCACUACGCCGUAACUUCAGCAGAAUCGACUCCUUCGCAGACCUGGCAACCUUUCGUUGGGAUUUGGUAGAUGUCAAACAGGAAAAGCAGGAACCCCAGGUUAAUUUUGUGCCUCUUGUUCCUGCUCAUCAUCUACCUCCCCCACCAGUUCCUAACUCACUUCAUCGACCCCCAUCAACCCCACGUGACCCCACCAUACAGCCUAAUCACAUGACUUCGCAUCGCGUGACUUCACGUGAUACACCGCCAAGUCGACAUGCACCUCCAACGCCAGUUAGGAUUGACGCGCGCGCCCCUCCCGGCGGUUUGAGCGUCUGGGGUAUUUUGCCUUUCAAUCCUCCAAGUUACCAUUCUCCACAACGUAUUCCUUCAAAUUUGCCUUCUGGACUCCCCAGGUUCGACGUUGUGCCUCCAUCCCCGAAAUUAUCCCCCCACCCAUCCGUCCCUAUCCCGGUCCCUUUGCAACCCCAGCACCGACAUCAAUCAACUCCGAAGAGCGCAACUCCAGCCAACCCCCCGCCUUCCCCCAAAAAGGUCGCCCCAAAAUCCACAUCAAAGCCCAAGGCUCAAGCACAGACCACUAAGAGUCAAUCGGAUUCUGGUCGGAGUGUGAAAUCCCCAGAGGCAAGGCGUCUUCAGCUACAAGUUGUCAUCCCACCUUCGCCCGAAAAUAUGUCCACAAAAAGAAAGCCGGGGCGACCUCCACAUAGCUCAGCGAGUAAGAUCGAGGUUGCCAUUCAUCGUGAACAGCCUGUACACUAUCAAGUCUUUUCAUGCAAAUGGGAGGGAUGUGUUGCAGAACUUCAUAACAUUGACUCAACCCGGGCUCAUGUUCUCAAAGUUCACAUCCCGCACUCCCUUAUUUGUAAAUGGAAAGAUUGUGAUAACCAUACGCCGAUGGCUGCAGCGAACAUGUUUGAGCAUAUGGCGCACGACCACAUUUCCAAAAUGGCCUGGGAGCUUGGGGAUGGACCGACGGUACCAGUAACUGGUGAGACAUAG